AUGCCAUGGUCGCAUGAGGCAUUUCAAUGGUCUCCCAUCGGUGCUGAUUGGCAUUUGGUCGCCAUGGCAGUCGAUCCGCCGUGGAAGUCCUGUCCACCGGCGCAGGCCAUUGGUGGAAGGCGCCCGUCGCAUAUUGCGGGUUGGCAGGCCAUCCUUGGUACUGCGAGUUAUGCGCUGCCUUAUCCGCCCAGCCUCCGGUCGUCUGAUGAAGUGGAAUUCCUUGCGUGGCAUUUGAUACAAAGCCCUCUUACCCGGCCGGUUAAGUGCUAG